AUGAGUCAAUCUCUCCCUCGUUCCCAGCAGCUCCGUGCUGUCCAUAACAGUCCCUGCCAUGCUGCCAGUGCUUCAGAAGCGAACUACGACACCGCCAACCCGGGCUACAUUCGCAAAUACCUUCGCACAUACGGCCUGACGCCUCCCCACGUUGACAGCUACGAGGUGCAGAAGACAAGAUGUCUCACUCAAUUAGCACUGAAGUCGACUGCCAUCGAUAAAUUCCUGUAUCUCAGCGCCAUCCGCAAGAACAACGUGCAUUUAUUCUACCGGUUGGUAAUAGACCACCUGAAGGAACUGACGCCCUUGAUCUAUACUCCCGUUGUCGGAGAAGCUUGUCUGAAAUGGUCGGAAAUAUACCAGCAGCCGGAAGGCAUGUAUAUCAGCUAUGAGGAUCGCGGAAACAUUGCUGCUGUCAUUCAGAACUGGCCUCAGCCCAAUGUGGAAAUCACAUGUAUCACUGAUGGGUCACGAAUCUUGGGAUUGGGUGACCUCGGUAUCAAUGGCAUGGGUAUUCCAAUUGGCAAGCUGGCACUGUAUACUGCCUGUGCUGGCAUUCGACCCGAGGCUACUCUUCCUCUCACACUGGACCUGGGAACCAGCAACAAGUCGUUGAGAGAGGAUCCCUUAUACAUGGGCAGCCGUCGAGAAAAGAUUACUCCAGAGCAAGAACUGGAAUUUCUCGAUGAGCUGAUGACGGCUCUAACGGAACGAUGGCCAGGUAUUGUUGUCCAAUUCGAAGACUUCAAGAAUCCCUUCCCCGCAUUGGAGCGAUAUCGGCACAAGUAUACUUCCUUCAAUGACGAUAUCCAAGGCACUGGUGCCGUCAUCCUGGCUGGUGUAAUGAACGCUGUUAAAAGGUCCGGCAUUCCCCCAAGGCACCACAGAGCCGUGUUUUUGGGUGCAGGAAGUGCUGGUGUCGGCGUUGCUAAGCAGAUCGUGGACUACUUCGUCAACGAGGGCAUGACGGAAGAUGAAGCCCGAGCUUGCUUUUACCUCGUCGACACAAAGGGUCUUGUGACAGCCGACCGUGGUGACAAGCUCGCUCCUCACAAGGUAUAUUUUGCACGAACAGACAACGAUGGCCAACAGUUCAAAACCCUAGACGACGUCGUUGGCUAUGCCAGACCUACGAUGCUGAUGGGGUUGUCCACCCUUGGAAGUGUCUUCACACCUGAUAUUCUUAGGAAGAUGGGUGGUUGGAAUAAACACCCAAUUAUCUUCCCACUGUCCAACCCCUCUGCUAACUCUGAAUGCAAUUUUGAGUCUGCUGUCCUUCACACCGAUGGCCGCUGCCUCUUUGCAUCGGGAUCCCCAUUCCAGCCUUUCUCCCACCGCGACAGAACUGGCGAGACGAAGACAUACUAUCCCGGCCAAGGUAAUAACAUGUAUGUCUUUCCAGGCAUUGGCUUGGGAACAAUUCUCUCCAAGGCCGUGGAGAUCACUGACUCCAUGAUAUACGCUUCCGCCAACGCCCUCUCCAAGUCUCUCACGGCUGAAGAAAUCGACCGUGGUCUUCUGUACCCCGACAUCACGAGAAUUAGGGAAGUCAGCGUUUCUGUUGCUCGUGGAGUCAUCCGCGCUGCCCAGGAUGCCAAGGUAGACCGUGAAACGGGCAUUCGGUCCUUCACUGACUCGGAUCUGGACGCUUGGAUCAAAGCCCGAAUGUACAAUCCCCAUGGAGAGGUGCAGUCUUUGGAAAGAGAAGUGGGCCUUCUCCUCUCUUCAAUCGGGCGUCUGAGUACAAACGGAGAUGCCACCAACGGGGAAGCGAAUGGCGACUCUAAGCUGUGA